UCGCCCUCCUCGGUCGCAGACCCAAGAGGAGGGAAUGUGGAGCCGGUGGUGUGUUUUGCGAGAGUUGUGGGCCCACAGUUAGUGAGCGGGGGCCGGGGAGGACCGCGCGGACUCAGCCCUCCCCUCCGCGCGCCGUGGUCCAGUCCCAAGAUGGCGGCCACCAUGAAGAAGGCGGCUGCAGAAGACGUCAAUGUUACUUUUGAAGAUCAACAAAAGAUAAACAAAUUUGCACGGAAUACGAGUAGAAUCACAGAGCUGAAGGAAGAAAUAGAUGUAAAAAAGAAACAACUCCAGAAUUUAGAAGAUGCUUGCGAGGACAUCAUGCUUACAGAUGAAGACUGCUUAAUGAUACCUUAUCAGAUUGGUGAUGUUUUCAUUAGCCAUUCUCAAGAAGAAACACAAGACAUGUUAGAAGAAGCAAAGAAAAAUUUGCAAGAAGAAAUUGACGCCUUAGAAUCCAGAGUGGAAUCCAUUCAGCGGGUGUUAGCAGAUUUGAAAGUUCAGUUAUAUGCAAAAUUUGGGAGCAACAUAAACCUUGAAGCUGAUGAAAGCUAAACAUUUUAUAUUACCUUUAAAAUUUGUUUAAUAAACUUGAAUAUUGUUUAAAUGAUAAUUUUCCUUUUUCAAAUGAUAUGGAAAGCAAAACUUUCUUUUUUAAAAAAGAUUUCAUUUAUUUAAUGGAAACUUGCCUAUUUUCACAUGUCUUGCUUAUUUAUUUUAUAUUUUUAAAAGAAGACAGUAUUCAUCUAUGUAUUUUGCAUAAUGAUUCUAUCAAGUGUAGGGGUUUUGUGUCAUGUUAUUAAAAUCAGUUAAGCAAUC